AUGAACUCGCAACUCUCCCUACCUAUUCCGAUCUCGUAUAUCGAGGGGAACUACUUUCUCUUCUCCAUUGAUGCAGUCACGUAUUUGAGGCGAGAGCAUCAUAUCUGUGGUGUACUGGCCGGCACUCUGCCGCAGAUCCCCCAGCAAAAUGUCUUCCUAGGUCUACCCCUACAGCUGAUGCCCGAGGAGGCGAGGUUGCUAGUGGAGAAAGGUGUAGCUUGCAUUGUAGACGAGGUAAAAGCUCAGAAGGACGGAAUGAAGGCCCUCAUGGAGCAUGACCGCAAAAAGUACCUGCAUGACCUAGAAUCCCAAGGCCUUGAAGCUAUGCGCUUGCAAAACAACCGCAAAGAGCAGAAGAAGGAAAAGCAUCUUCAGAAAAUUGCUGAGAAGCAAUCAACGAAGGCGAGAAAGGCGGCUGAGACUGCAUCUGCUGACGAGCCCAAAGGGGAGUCUAAGGAAGAGUCUGUGGUGGACCUCUUUGCAGACAACCAACAGUCCGGGCCCAGUCAAAUCUCGUCCAGACGUGUCUCGACGACAGUCCCUACCAACUCUGUCAUGGGGAUUACUCCUGCGACAUCCUAUCGACUGAUUCCGUCCCAACCGUCCGCCGAUCAGCUGAUGGCGUUGCCUGCAGUGCCAUCAUCGUAUCCUUUGUUUGCUCAUCUGCAUUCCGAAGGAUACUUUCUAUCGCCGGGUCUUCGAUUUGGCUGUCAGUAUCUUGCCUAUCCCGGUGACUCUUUACGUUUCCAUUCUCACUUCCUGGUUGUGUCCGCCGAAUGGGACGAGGAGCUUAAUCUGAUGGACCUGAUUGCGGGUGGUCGUCUGGGGACUGGUGUGAAGAAGGGGUUCCUUAUUGGGGGAGCCGAGAAGACCGAAGACACUGAGGGAGAGAGGGUAAGAACAUUCAGUCUGGAAUGGGCAGGCAUGUGA